AUGCGGAUCCUGUUGGCACUAAUAAUGCUCUCUUUUUUUGAGAGCCUAACCGGAAAUACUCAAGGAGCAAUGUUCAGCCACCUCCGCGCAAGUCGCCAGCUCAUCCUCCAAUUAGCCAAUAGUCCACUGCAGUCCAGCACCAAUGACAAUAGCCGCCUGCUCUCCUUUGUGUUGGAAAUUUACCGUUAUCUCGUGUUCAUCAACAACAUCACCCCCUUCGGCGCUAUCGAAAGCCGAACGCUACCCCACGACACAUUUCUCGAUGACAUCGUAGGCACCAUGACCCAGUUUGACACAUGCGGGGCCAUCUUCGGCGGCAGCCAUGGCCUGUUCGAGAUCCUGCCCUCCGUUGCGGUUCUCGCCGCCCGACGUCUCACAGAGAAAGACCCUUCUCGGGCGAGCUCAAGGAUGUACCAAGCACUCCACGUCCGAAUAACAGAAUGGAAAUCUCCAGACCCCGUAGUCCCCGACCAAAAAUGGCAGUCCCAAAGAGAAGUAGCACUGGAGCUGUGCCGCGAAGCCGUCCUACUCUAUCUUGAAACCGCAAUGUUCCCCCGCGCAUUAAGUGACACCGUAACGCGGACCAGAAUCCUGGACCACGUGGAUAUCAUCAUGUUAUACGCAGAACAGGCUUCCGGCUCUCCCUACGAGACCAUCCUACUGUGUCCGUUGAUGAUCGCCGGCUCCUGCAUGAUGCGGACGGACCAGCGCCAGCGUCUCCAGGCUGGCCUGCGGUCCACUCGAUUCCACAUGAACCACUGCGUGCAGGCCGCUUCGCUGCUCGAGCUGGUAUGGAACGACCCUAGCGAGCGCGUGUUCGGGCCAUACGGUCUGGGCGUUGUCAUGCGGCGUAGCGGAAUCAAUCUAGGCGUUGCAUGA